AUGUCCACCAGAAAAACCACCAAGGCCCCUGAGCCUCCGACUGUGUCGACUGUCAUCUUGGAGGGAAGUGUCUUGUUGUCUAUUGUUAGACACACCUCCGAAAACUACCCUUCGCUCUACUCUGGUUCCCUUUUGGGAUUCGAAGACCAACAACAGGUCACUGUCUCGCAUGCAUACCCCUUCCCUUACCCAGACCAAUACGAGGGCGGCUCUUUACGCUCCCGCGGUGGUAACAAGUACCAGAAGGAGAUCUUGGACGCCUUGCAGAGCUUGGAUGAAGGUGUAGAGUUCCUUGGCUGGUUCCAGUCUACCAUUUCCGGCAACUUUGUGAGUCCCCAACUCGUGGAGGCUGUUGCUCAACAGCAGUUGGUCAACAAGAACGCUUUUAUCUUGAUCCACAACAUGGCAUCUAUCGGCAAGGAGGUCCAAUUGAAGGCCAUGAGAUUGUCUCAAAACUUCCUUUCCACUUACAUUCAAGGUCAGUGGAAGACCAAGGACUUGGAGGAGAACAAGUUGUCUUUCCUUAACAUCUUUGAGGAACUCAAGGUCGAAAUUCACAACCAACAUUUGGUGAACUUGUUCUUGGUAGACAACGCCAGCACCGUCGAGACCAGUGCUCCAGACAGCUUGAACUUCAACGCUAACACUAACAUCACCACUCAAUUGUUGGAGAACUUGUACACCCAAAUCGACUCCUACAACUUCGAUCAGACAAACUUCAACUACUAUCAAAGACAAUUACAGAAAGAGCACACCAAGAUUCUCCAAUGGAAGCAAGCCAGAAAGGCCGAGAACUUUGAGAGAGCCAAGGUCGGCGAGCCCGAGCUUGAUACCGAGGAGUGGAAGCAGAUCUUCAAGUUGCCCACUGGUCCCUCUAGACUCAAUAACACUCUUUACUCGCGCGCUAUCGAUGAGUUUGCCGACGAUAUCUUGAAGCAGUGUGACGAGGAAUUGAUCAAGAGUUUUGCUAUCGAGAGAAAGUUGACUGCUUCCUUGGUGUAA